AAAAUCAGUUAUUCUUCAUUUUGCAGCACACAUGCUCAUUGACGGUCCCUGUUUCUCGAUCAUUCUUGACUCAUGGCCGACCAUUGACAUGGGGGAUCGCGAGGGACUUUCUCCAAAAGCGUUCGUUAGUGGUCAGUUAAUAGUCAUGUAGAUGUUGACAACCUGAGGUUACCGAAUAGCCGGGCGCAUCUCACAACAAACAUGGGCUAGCUGUAAUUUCCUUUGCUCUAAUCUAUAAUUUAGUUUAAAAAAUGUUUAGUUCAACAUCCAACAACGGGAUCAUGCACCCCGAGGAAUGUUCUGGCAGCAGCAGCAACCUGUUGGUUCGCCGCAACCUUAAACCUGUCAGGAAACAGGAGAUUGAGAGUAACGCUAGCUUGUUAAGUUUGGCCAGCGAGGAGGACGACGAAGUCCAAUUUGAUACUUCAGACUCGGAUAAUAACCGUGAGGUGUUGAUGGCUAGUAGGCAUUAUCCAUCUAUCCAAGAGUUUGCAUCAGCAAUCCCAAACCACCUCCUUCUUGGGUCUUUGCUAGAACAUCUGUGUUGUGUCUAUGAAAGCAACCCAGCACGCUCACGUAUGCUGUUUAAAGUCAUCGGCCAGCGUUUGGCUGCCAUGAACCUCUUGUCCCCCUUGGCCAUAAGUGAUGAAUUCAGCACAGUCAGACUCCAGCACAACCGGGCUUUCACUGAGCUACUUAAUGCUGCAAGCUCCUCACUUUACCCACAGGGCCAACGUCUCAGCACAAGUACACUUAAUCCUGCUGUUAGACCUAAGGAGGGAUUGUUUCAAGCGCAGACAUCACGGUAUCUCAGUGAAUUUGAAGAAAUCUGUAGGCUUGGGAAGGGAUCAUAUGGAAAUGUUUUUAAGGUUAUGAACAAACUGGAUGGACAGCUUUAUGCAGUGAAGAAGAUUCUCAUCAAAAAAGUCUCAAAGGAAGACUGCAUGAAGGUUCUUCGGGAAGUAAAAGUGUUGUCCAGCUUGCAGCAUGUUAAUGUAGUGGGCUAUCACACUGCAUGGAUGGAACAUGUUCAGCCAGUGGCUCGUAAGUAUCCUGAGUCACUCCUUCCAGCUCUUGAAUCUCCUGGACAACAAGAAAGUUCUGAAAGCCUUGACAACAGUAGCGCCAGCUCUUCUAUAGUUUUCCAAAGCUUCAAUCAAGCACCAGCAGAUACUGCUUCAAGUGCCAAAGCACCUCCAUCAGAGAGCCCGCCUGUGAGAGCCUUAGUUUCAGCCCGGGAGGGACAGGUAGUCUGUCCCAAGACGAUGGGUCGCAUCCCAGAAAACUACGUCCCUUGUGUGUUUCUGGGACAGCGAGGAGCAGUGAAUAGCACUAAAUGUCCUGCCAUGGACUUGGAUAAUUCAGCUCUUUUAGAGGAGGAAGCAAGCAGGAGUAGCAUUGAACUAAACAACAACUCUUGCAUCGACAAUGAGUGUCAGCAAUGGGCUGAAAAACGUACAAGAAGGCCGUCUAAAGAGGUACAGUUCCACUUAAUGCUCUAUAUCCAGAUGCAGCUGUGUGAGCGCUCGUUGAAGGAUUGGAUCUCUGAGAGAAAUACCAGGCCCAAAGAACGGCAAAUUCAAGGUCCAUAUGACUGUGUUGAUGGUGAACAAACACUCAGCUUGCUGAGACACAUACUUGAAGGAGUGGAGUACAUCCACUCAAGAGGAAUCAUGCACAGAGACUUAAAGCCAAGGAAUAUUUUCCUUCAUGGUCACAACCACCAUGUUCGGAUUGGGGACUUUGGUUUGGCCUGUAGGGAUUUAUUAGUUGAUGGCAAUAAGAGCGCCACAUCUCCUGGCAGGGAUCCUCGACACACUUCAGGUGUUGGCACAUUUGUGUACGCUGCACCAGAACAGCUUAAAGGCGCCCAUUAUGAUUCAAAGUCAGACAUGUACAGCAUUGGAGUUCUGGCUCUUGAGCUGUUCCAACCUUUUGGGACAGAGAUGGAGCGUGUCCGGAUCCUUGGGGACCUGAGAGAGGGAAAAAUUCCAGAGUCAUUCUGCCACAGAUGGCCAGUUUUGACUACGUACAUCAUUAAGUUGACAAGUAAAGAGCCCAGUGUUCGACCGACAGCCAGCCAGCUCCUACAGAGUGAACUCUUCUUCAAUAAAGACACGGUAAUCCAUGGUUUACAGAGAAAAGUUGAAGAGCAGGAGGAAGAAAUCAUGCAGCUGAAGAUGCAGAUCACUCAGCUUCAGAGCUCACAAGUCACAGUUACUUUCUCUGAGUUUGAGAAGACGUAAACCUUUGGGGAAAAAAAACCUUAACAGACUGUCAAAACUUGAUUUAUUCUGCCACUUUUAUACUUGGAUUAGUGACUCGGUACAAGUGGCUGAGUGUGUGUGUGAGCAUUUCAGUGUGUCUUGUACUCCUGGAUAUGGGUUGCAUUUACUAUUUUUUAUUUUGUUUAGCUGUUCAAUAAAAGCCGUUUCAGACAUA